AUGAAUAAAGGUAGUACUGGCUGGCUGGAUGGAUGGUUGGUUGGCAUGUUAGUAGUGGUAAGUUGGUUGUUGGCUAGCUCACUGCAUGGCAUGACUUGGAAGAGUAGUAAAGCGGUCGUUGCCAGGUAUCAAGAUGACACACAAAUCUCUGCUCAACUCACUCAAAUGAAGAAUUUCAUUCUUUCUGAAGCCAACGACAAGGCUGAAGAAAUCAAGUCAAAGGCUGCUCAAGAAUUCACCUCUGAAAAGGGUAGAAUCUUCCAAACUGAGAAGCUCAAGAUCAUCAAGGACUAUGAAAAGAAGUUAAAGCAAAUCGAAGUCCAAAAGAAGAUUAACUUAUCAAACGAAUUAAAUAAGGCACGUUUGUCAGUUUUAAAGGUUAGAGAAGAAUGUCUCCGUGAAGUAGUUGCUGAUGCCCAAAAGAAGUUGAUCACUAUUCCAGACGACAAGGAGAAGUACACUGUCAUUCUCAAGAAUCUCGUUCUCCAAGGUAUGAUGAAGUUGCGUGAAGAAAAGAUUCUCGUCGUCUGCCGUCAAGAGGAUAUUGCCCUCGUCGAAAAGGCCGUCACACAAGCCGCCGCUGAAUACAAGACCAAGACCAAGCUCUCUGUCCACGUCGACGUCGACAAGGUCCGUUUCCUCCCACCCGCUCCAAAGGGUGACCAAAAGGGUUGCUCCGGUGGUGUCAUUGUCACUGCCCUCGAAGGUAGAAUCAUUUGCAAGAACACCUUGGACGCUCGUCUCGAAAUUGCUUUCGAACAAUUGACUCCAGUCAUUAGAAACACCCUCUACGGUGCUAACCCAUCCAGAAGAUUCUUUGACUAA